AUGGUCCACAAGGUGCUCUUCUGGAGCGGCUUCGGCAUCGCCGUCCGCCUUUGGCAACUCGGCAUCGAGAUGCGUCCCAUGUUUCAAAAGGAAGCCCUCUGGGCAUACCCCCUUUUCGCCGGUGUGGGUGGCAGUUUCGGUUACUGGCUCCAGGGUGUGGAGCAACGGCAGUUGAAGAUGCUCGCGCAGCGGCGAGAGACUAUUCUGGAGAAGCGUCGGCGGAGAGAUCAGCGAGAGGGUUCUCCGGUCGAGGCGGGCACUCUUCUGGCUACGGCGCCAUAA